AUGGUUUUAUUUAAGUUCCAUUCCCGUAACAUGCCAAAUUCGGAAUCCCCUAACAUGAAGCUGAAAUUCUGAGCUAAUGCAUUAUGAAACGAAGUGAAGAGCUAAAUCUUCCUAUAUUUUUACAAUGUAGAUAUUCCGAUAUCGUUUAGUGAGUCUUCUAUAAAAGAGCGCAUUUCUUUUGACGAUUGUGCUGCGUGAGCCAUAGGCAGGAUGAUAGCAACAGCCAUAAGCAACAUGAUAACAUCUAAUACGUCAGAAGACUUGCAGAGCGUGAGCCCUUGGUGCUGCCCUAGCGUGACGGAGGAGACUGUCCUUUGUCGCAGUUUGCGCUGCAGGCAUCUGUACAAUGCCGUCAUGGCCGUCGUCCUUGCCCUCAUGGGGUGGGCUGUGCUCUUCUCCUUCUCCGAGCCCGGGUAUGCCUCUCCACCCAGGGGAGAGGUUUUUGUGCUAUAUUCACUGCUGGUGCUGUCAUCACUAAUGGGCUGGAUAUUCUCAAAGAUGUACUUGCCCCCUGCUCUUGCCAUGAUGUUAGUUGGCAUGGUAUAUGGCAACAUGCACCUCUUUACUCCAGGUGUGACCAUCAGCAGAUACCUCAUCGUCAAUUCAAGAUUGGCCGCUAUUACAUGUGUGUUAGUAAGAGCUGGACUUGCUCUUGAAGCUAAAUCCAUGAAGCAGUAUCAGUGGUUGAUCAUGAGACUUGCUUUCUUGCCUAUGUUUGCUGAAAUGUUGGCAGUUACAAUUGCAACAUAUCUACUUCUGGGAUUUUCCUGGCUCUGGAGCGCCAUUCUUGGGUCUAUUAUAUGUGCAGCUUCUCCAGCUGUUGCAGUUCAUCUCAUAUUACAACUUACAGAAAGUGGCUAUGGUAUAGACAAAGACAUUAAAACUAUUACUGUUGCUGCAAUCAGUCUGGAUUCAGUUACAGCAAUUGUGGUUAUAGAUUUCUUGCUUACUUUCCAGUAUUCCCAAGGUGCAUUUGGAGACUUAAUGAAAAGGGGACCUGUUCAGAUUCUAAUUGGCUUGGUUGUAGGUGUUGCCUAUGGUGUUUUCCUUAGCUUUUUCCCACAUAAGUAUUAUAAAAAGGUGUAUUUCUACAGAAUACUGUUUCUCUGUAGUGGUGCUGUUUCUUUCAUUCUUGGAAGCCGAAAGCUACACUGUGAUCCUGCAGGAUACUUUGCAUGUCUGAUGUCAACUUUUAUUGCAUCACAAAGCUGGCAACGAAAUGAUAGUAAUGAAAAUCAAAACCCUGCAAAUGAUGUAAUGAAAUUUCUUUGGAAAUGUUUGCAACCAGUUCUAUUUGGGCUGAUUGGAGCAGAGUUCAACUUUGAGCUGAUUGAUGCUGACAUGAUGAAAAAGGGCAUUGCCAUUCUUUUUAUUGGAAUUCUGUUCCGCCUGUCUGUCGCCUAUAUGUCAUCAAUUGGAAUAGGUCUCAGUAGAAAGGAAAAAAUAUUUAUGACCAUUUCUUGGAUCCCAAAGGCCACUGUGCAGGCUGCAUUUGGACCACUGGUCUUGGACUUGAUGCUUCACAUUGAUGCAAGUGAAGAGGACAAGUUGACAGCUACCACAAUUUCCAUUGUUUCAGCUGUAAGUGUAUUACUGUUUGGCUCAAUAGGAACAGUGGGAAUCAUGCUUGGUGGAAGACAUCUCUUGCAAAAAUCUGAACAACUAGAAUCAGUGAGCCCAUCAUCUUUAUACACACAACCCACAUCUUCAGACCAACAACGUGCUAAUACCUCAGUAUAAUAUUCACAAACCCAGUGUAUUUUAUAUACUGUAAUCUACAUUAUAAGAGUCUAAGCAAUUGUACGAGAAUAUACUAGCAGUUAUGUAUGUACAUGAAUGUUAUACAUUGAGACUGUGUAAACAUGUAUAUUGUAUGAAGUUCUGUUUUAUGUAAUAUAUAAAAUGAUCUCUAGGAAA